GCGAGCCAAGCCUGGAAACCAGAAGGCGGGAAGAGGCUUUCAGAUUUAAAGUUUUCAAAGCCAGAAGGAGGAGGAGGAGGAGGAGGAGGAGAACGGGAAGGGAGAAGAGAUGAUCGAAGGAAUCGGCGGAUUUGUUGAGGAGGAUGACGAUUUCCUGUCACUGGUGGAAGCAGCGGAGGCGAAGGCCUUGUCGAGCUGCAACAAGCGGAGGAAGAUCGACGGAGAUGUUCCCGAGAAGCGUGAGGAGGGGGCUUACACCGCCGCACUCAGAGGCAGCAAUAGCCUCUUAUGGCAGCAACAGAUGUCUCCCUCUAGAUCCCAAGGGAGAGUGAAGGUUGUCGUUGCCACCGGCGGCCCCUCCGUUGGUGCAGGCGGUGAGACGGGCAGUAACGCAGGAGCUUGCUUUAAAUGUGGGCAGUUCGGACACUGGUCUCGCGAUUGUGGUGCUUCCGGAGGAGGUGGAGGAGGACCGGAGUAUGGAAUUAACAAUUACAGUAGUAAUAAUAACCCUUCUGUGCCUGAGAAGCCGUGCCCCUGUGGAGUUGGGUCUUGUCUGGUUCUAACUGCAAACACUGAGAAGAAUCGCGGUCGCAAGUUCUACAAAUGUCCCGUCAGAGAGGAAAAUGGAGGCUGUGGCUUUUUUGAGUGGUGCGACAAUUCAUCAGGAAGUUCAAUAUUAACUGCAGCCCAAAAUUAUACAUCAAAUUCAUGCCCAGACCUUCCAUGUCCAUGUGGCGCAGGAACUUGCUUGGUUCUGACUGCGAAGACUGGAAAUAAUAUAGGCCAGCAGUUCUACCGAUGUCCUGCAAACCAGGCAAGUUCUUGCGGUUUCUUUAAAUGGUGCAAUGAGCAUACCUCAUCAGGUGGUCUCCGAGGGAAUUCAUCUCAGGUUCAGAGUAGCAUGGGUAAUAAAAGCUAUGGAGGUGGUUCAUCCUGUUUCAAAUGUGGAAAAGGUCACUGGGCCAGGGAUUGCCCCAAGCCUCCAUCUGAUUUUUCUGUUGAUAGGGGAGAAAGGUCUGCUUCAUCAGGCACCUGUUACAAGUGUGGUAAGCCUGGGCAUUGGGCUAGGGACUGUCCUGGUCAGGAUGUGAAGUACAAGAAAUAGAAAUGUUGAAUCAAACACUCGUAUAUAAAAAAGACUGGUUACUGCAAAUCAGGGGCUCAUGCAGCAAUAUCAAGGAUACAGUUCUGGGUAUGAGAAACGAGGCUUGUGGUAAGUCCCUUAACUAAAGAACUUUUCAUUUAUCUGGAUAUUGCUUUCAUCUCUCUCUCUCUCUCUCUCCCACAUGCACACAAACAUAGAACAGUGGUUUUAAAAUUGAACCAGACUUGACAGUAGGAAUGGGUCAACCAGAACCAUGAACAGUAAGCAGAAAACUGGACAGAACCGUGCAAUGGUGGUUCACUGGUUCUGUAUAAUCCACAGCGAUUGGAGUAUGUUUCCACAUGCCUCCUAUAAAUUUUGAAGCUCAUAACAUUCAUGUAAGAAACUUUAUAGGUGCAUGAGUGCAUCAUUUGUACUCCAAAAUCUGCUCCACUAUUUUAAAGUGUCAAACUGACAGAACCGAUGGUCCAAUUGGGCCGGAUCAAACCAAAUUUUGUUUUCCAUUAUGGAUCAGUUCCUUUCCCAACGUUGUUGGUAUGUGAUCAAAUUAGCGAUGCCAACGGAUUGGUUCUAUGUCUGGGCUCGGUUUAUACUUGCUAUUAAUGUUGACCCAUGAAAAUCUUGUUCCCAUCAAACCGGUUUGGAUUGCCAUGGGGGACCAGGCAAAGUGAUGAAGUAGAUUGGAAACGAAAAUCCCUAGCUCUUGUGACCUGAAAAAGGAUAAGCUCACACAAUCAGCGCGGAUCGAACUGUUAUUUGUCAUCAUCUCGUCUUCGUUGUAGAUCUAGGCUCUAGGGUAUCUGGCAUCCAACUGUUUCGGCCAUUGUUGAAAGCUUGGUGUCUUGGUGCUGAUAGAAACCAAGUCUCCGUGGUUUUAUCGGUUAAUCAGCCGGUUGGGUCGUUCAGCUGGUGGGAAGCAUCAAAUAACCGUGAUAACAGCAGAGCCACUUCUUGGCAAUAUCCCGCAUGCACUAGAACUAAUAUGCAUCCCAGGGCAAGAGAAGCGACAUAGAUAGUGGUGGAGAAAAGAUUACAGGACGGACAAGUUAUUUGUUGCGGCAAGAAAAUCUGUGUGAAGAACAAUUGAAGUUGGACACCAUGGAAAUAAGGGUAAAUUGCAGAUUAGUAUCCUUUACUUUAGUAUCCAAAUUUUAAAACGUAUCAAUGUAGUAUCUGAAUUCACGAAAGUUUAGUAUAAAAUUGUUUAACUGACGUUAAGCGCCUUUUAGGUGUCAUGUAAUUUUCAUUAUUAAUCAUCCAAAUGUCCAAAUCUUUCAGAA